CUCAUAGCAACAACUGAUAUUAUUACCAUGGCAAACAUUGAAUGGGAAAAGAGAUGGCAAAAUGGCCAGACUGGCUGGGACAAGGGCACUGUCAGCCCCGCCCUCAAAAAACUCAUCGAACAAGACACAGACGGCGCGAUUGUGCCUUGCAAGGGCCGCGGCCUCGUGCCUGGCUGUGGUUCUGGCUAUGAUGUCCAAUUCCUCGCAUCCAAGAACCUCCACAUGACGGGCAUAGACCUCAGUCCUACUUGCAUCAAAUUGUGCAGAAAGAACCAUCCCGACGCCGCAAAGGAUAACUACGCCUUUGAGACCGGGAACUUUUUUGAUUUUGAGGUGCCGGACGGCGGCUAUGACCUGGCGUACGAUUAUACGUUUCUGUGUGCCCUAGAGCCAAAGAUGCGCCCCCAAUGGGCAUCCCGGUAUGCCGAGAUCAUCAGGCCCGGUGGGGUGCUGAUUGCACUCCAGUAUCCACUCGAUGGUCAUGAAGGCGGUCCUCCCUUUUCAUUGACUCCAGAAAUUUAUGAGCAGCUAUUGACACCUGCCUUUGAGCUUAUUUAUCUGGUUGAUGCAGAUGGCCACGAGUCUCGCAUCGGUAAUGAAAAAAUGAGCGUGUGGAAAAGAAAGUCCAACUAGUCAAACAGAAGAUGUGCUCUAUACUUUCAAAGCUUGAUCUUUUGUGUAGCAGUGUCUUCAGGGUGACUCUCAUCACUCUUCCGUUUACUACCAAUAAAAUUACAAUAUAUAUCAAUUAUAACUACG